AUGCCUGUAUUUCACACUAAAACGAUCGAGAAUAUUCUCGAGCCGGUGGCUCAGCAGUUGCACUACGUGUUAGCUGUUGCUGAACGUAACGCUGGUGAAGAUGGGGAACCGAUCUCGACUCGAUCGUUGUCGAGGGCCAGUAGCCGUCGGUCAUUGCCCGAAUUCAUCUAUCCGGACACCAUCAAACAACGAGUGACCGAGGAAGACUGCCCUGUCUGUCAGAUCAUGUUGCCCAAAGGACGAGGCGGAUGUGUGCGUGUGUUGUUGAUGUUGUUGUGUUUGUCAACAUUUUUUGGCUCAGCAGAAGGGCCGAUUGCUUAUGCUCCUAUUGUUGUCCUACCAGCUUCAAUGCCGAAAACGCCUAGCUUGCCCGGUUUUGGUUUACCGCACAAAAGGGUGUCCCGGUUGGUGAUUCUUCAUGAAGAAGCCGAAGAUGGAAAUGCGAUGCCUGAUCUCACACGUCCCGUCGGGGCUGUGUCCAGAGCGGUCGACAAUCUCAUUAAGGUCGGCUACGAUACCUGCCAUUCGUCCGAUGACCAGAUUCUCCAACAGGACAUGCCGCCGGCGUUGCAGAGAGUCGAAACCAGCUCUCGACUUCUCGAAGACGCUUGUCACAUGCUCAAGGGUGACCCGUUUUCGGUGCCGGCCCGGAAGAAGCUCAUCGAUGGCGCUCGGGGUAUUCUACAAGGAACCAGCGCCCUACUGCUGUGUUUCGAUGAGUCAGAGGUUCGAAAAAUCAUUCGUGGAUGCCGCAAAGUGCUCGACUAUCUUGCCGUAGCGGAAGUUAUCGAGAGCAUUGACGAUUUAGCGCAGUUUGUCAAGGACAUCACACCAUGGUUGUCACGUGUUUCGUCGGAUGUCUCGAACCGACAAGCUGAACUCACUCAUCAAGUUCAUAGGGAUAUUUUAUGCCGGAUGUGCUACGUACAUAUUCUGCUUUCAUCAAAAAUCGGUAGUGAAAUUGAGCACGCUUUGGCUUGCACAUUGCUUGAUCAAAUUACGGAACGUGCUCGUCGACGAUUCUCAUAUGCCGCUAUGAAGAUAUUAUCCAAUCAUCGUGGUUCAAGAUCAGGCAGGAACUACUUAGCACAACGGAUGACCGACGAAAUGCACGAAAUCAUUCGUGUCCUUCAAUUGACCACCUACGAUGAAGAUGAAUGGGAUGCAGACAACGUGACGGUGAUGCGUAAGGCACUUCCUCUUCUGACGGCCGCACUCGACUGGCUGGGCGAUCCACGAGCCCGACCUGGAGCGGUUGGCGAGAAGGCGAUUCGUCGCAUUCUUGACUAUGCGGAUCGCAUCGGAGCUCGUGCGUUGCCUGAGGACAGUUAUGCCAUCAAACGUUCGAUUUCUGAGAUCGCCUCGUUGACGGACACCAUCUGUGAGUUGAGAAAUAUGGGACGAUACGAUAACGAAGGACUUGCCAUCAGCUGCGCGCAGAAACUCAAGGAGUUGGUUGGCACGAAACACAGCACCGGUAUCCUCCCAGAUGCCCUGAUGAACGCUCAUCGCGUCGGCGGAGCAAAUCCAGCUCACACCGCGGGUGGCCGUCUGGAACAGGCGCUCAGGUGGUUGGAUAACCCUGGAGUUGACGACGGUGGUUUGGGACUUCGCGCUCUGAAGAUGAUGACGGACGAUGCACGACGUCUAGCCGACAGACUGAACCCACAAGAUCGCGGUCACCUACUCGGCCUGUGUUCCGAUAUCGAUCGAUUAGCUAAUCAAUUAGCCGAUUUGGAACGACGUGGCUUAGGUAACACGCCUGAGGCGAACGCCAUUCGCCAACAGCUGAAGGACAAAUUGCGGGAAUUGUCUGACUUCAUGCGGAAGAUCCUCACUGAUCGUGUGGUCGAAGACUUCGCCGACAUCACAACUCCUCUCAAGCAGUUCGUCGAAGCCGUGCAUGCUGAACCACAUGCGCCUAAUAGGGAAGGAAACUUUAUUGAUAAGAUCGACCAAAUGACUCCGCAAUUGGUGAACGCUGGAAAGAUCCGCAAUACGCCGACGCACUUCACCGUCUGCGGUCGCACUGUUGACGACGCCAUUGACACUCAUGAGUUCGUCAGGGCCAGUGAGACGGCUAUGCGUCGUUACACCAACCGAUGUGAAGAUGCGAUCUCAAACAACUAUCCACAAGGAAUGGUCGACAACACUUCACAGAUCGCUCGUCUCGGUAAUCGUGUGCUGAUGACGGCACAGAACGAGGCCGACAACUCGGAGGAGCCGGCAUACUGCGAUCGAGUAAACACUGCAGCAAACCAAGUGCGCUCCGGUAAGUUUCAGAUUCUUCCAUGCGAUCUGCGACUGCGCUUCCUCCCACUCACUGCGCCCGCCUCUGCAUGGGAUUUCCACCCGACCUGGGCCGCGUCGCCCCGUGCCACAGCAACAUGCCAUCGUCAGCCCAAUUGCCACCACGAUUCCCACGUCGAUGUGACUCGCACAACAGUGACUAUGAGUUCCGGCCAAUUGUUUCUGCCGAAUGCGAUUUGCAUCGAGAACGCGUCAACUGAUCCACGGGUCUAUAUUUCUAUCCCACCGAUGGUCACACAAGCCAAGCAGGUGGCAAUCAGUCCACGUGAUACUGGUGCGGCAAAUGCAUGGCGUACUGCCAACGAUCGUCUACUCGACUCGGUGCGAGCUGUGGGAGAUGCCAUCGCUGGAAUACAGAACGGACGGCAUUCGGCCAUGUAUCAGGACAGCCUGAACCGCGCUUCACCGUAUCCACAGCAAAGCACUCAAGUGUUGCGUACCGUACCACCUCAACCGCCUACCCCACCCAUUAUCCACAACAAGAUGAUCAUCCGUGAAGAGAUUCCGGCACCUCCGAGGCCACCGCCACCGGUCGAGAUCAGUCCUCCGCCACGGCCACCACCACCGCCCGAGUACGACGAGGAGGAAGAGACGAGAGCUUUCUGGGAAAGAUAUCCUCUACCUCAAGCCAGUCAUCAACCGAUCCUUUCCGCUGCCCACUCACUGCACAACGAGCUCAAACAAUGGUCAAGUCAAGAGAACGAAAUCGUAGCCGCGGCUAAACGUAUGGCUAUUUCUGAUGGCUCGUCUAUCACAACUUGUGGAACAAAGAAGGACCUCAUCGAAUGUGCUAAAGCGAUCGCCGACUCAAGUGAGGAAGUUACCCGACUGGCUGUACAACUCGCUCGCCUCUGCACAGAUCUCAAGAUGCGAAUGGCUCUCCUUCAAAUGGCCGAACGUAUUCCAACGAUAGCCACUCAGCUCAAAGUGUGCUCCACGGUCAAAUCAACAAUGUUCGGCACUUCAAUGACGAUUGGACCGUAUGGAGAACAAGCUCUCCUUCAAAUGGCCGAACGUAUUCCAACGAUAGCCACUCAGCUCAAAGUGUGCUCCACGGUCAAAUCAACAAUGUUCGGCACUUCAAUGACGAUUGGACCGUAUGGAGAACAAGUUGACGGCAGUGAAGAGGACAUCGAAGCCAUGGAGCAGUUGGCGCACAAUGCGCAGAACCUCAUGCUGGCGGUCAAGGACACAGUUCGAGCCGCUGAAGCGGCCAGUAUCAAAAUCAAGACCAAUUCUGGUCUUCGCCUUCGCUGGGUUCGCAAGCCAAUGUGGUCCAACUUCUAA